AGAGAGGAGAGAGAGACAGAGACAGAGAUAGAGAGAGACAGUGAUAGAGAGAGACAGUGAGAGACGGAGACAGAGACAAAGACAGAGAGAGAGAGUGUUUGGGUGACCUGACAGACCUGAGAGUACUGAGAGAAUAAGAGAGAGGUGAUUUGUAGUCAACGCACAUGGCAACACGACCUGCAGGAGGCAAGCUAAACAGAGUAGUGUUCUCAACAGAUUUGUCAUUUGUAAAACUAGAAGUCUCCAAUAAUGAUGUUACGGUCCCAAAGGAUUACACAGGUAUAGUCUUUUACAGCACGUAUCUGGUAGUGGGUUAUGUUCCCACGCAGCAUUGGGCUAGGUUACCACCAGCUGAGACUCUCAGAGAGGUGCCAUGCUUAAGAGGCUUUUUACAUUAGAUUAGUGCUUAGCUCAGCAUUACUGAGGCCUGUUGAAACAGAUGGCUCAGGUCUUUUGCAAGUCAGCAGGAACCUAUUAGCUGGGUUAUCAGGUUUCUUUAUCACCGUAAAUCCCACUUUUUCCCUUCCCCCUUGGUUCUGUGCGGAUAGAAGAGCUUUGUUGGCAGACUGUUGUUUUGUUGCUUUCGCCAGCUUCUUUGUGGUUGUCAUGACGAAGGAUUUGGCUUAAGCAGGAAAAGAGAUUGGCAUUUGUGGUCAUUCGUUACUUUGCAGAGUCAGUUUUUUUUUAUGUUGCUUGUUGAUAUACAGGAAGUAGCUAUUGUCUGUCUGAGAAUGUAAGACUAUUUUUGAGGAAGUGUUUACUAACAAGUGUCUCUCUCACAUUGUCAAACACGACACUCUCAAUUCCUCUGUCUUUCUCCCUGCAUGUUUUGAACGGCCUCCUUCCCAUUUCUUUGUCUGGUUGCUCUUCUGUCAUCCGCCCAUCUCCUUCCCCUUUCUUUGUCUGGUUGCUGUUCUGUCAUCCGUCCAUCUCCUGGUCUUUCUUUGUCUGGUUGCUCUUCUGUCAUCCGUCCAUCUCCUGGUCUUUCUUUGUCUGGUUGCUUUUCUGUCAUCCGCCCAUCUCCUGGUCUUUCUUUGUCUGGUUGCUUUUCUGUCAUCCGCCCAUCUCCUGGUCUUUCUUUGUCUGGUUGCUUUUCUGUCAUCCGUCCAUCUCCUGGUCUUUCUUUGUCUGGUUGCUCUUCUGUCAUCCGCCCAUCUCCUGGUCUUUCUUUGUCUGGUUGUUUUUCUGUCAUCCGUCCAUCUCCUGGUCUUUCUUUGUCUCCAUUUCCCCAACUCUCUUUCCUUUUUCUAUUCCUACACUCCCCCCUCCCCUCUCUCUUUUCCCUCUCCGGUAUGUUGUUGUGUCUCUCUCGUCCCAUAGUCCACAGUGCAAGGCUGUCCUGUACUGCUCUGACCAGUGUUCCCAGGCAGACCAGAUCCGCUGUCCAGAGGAUGCCAGUCACCAGCACUGGUGUGAAAAACUGGCCUGCUACAUGAGCCACGACUCACAACUUGCCGAGCUGCCAUUCAGCUAUGCCGCAGAGGUGACAGCUGUUGAUUUCGACCUGGAACACUUCCUGAAUAAGAAUAAACUGGACAGUGGCUACUGGGUACACUGGAGCCUCUUGGUACGCUCCCCCAGAUAUGAGCUCCAUCCCACAGUGGAACAGUCCAGAGAUCAAUACCCCCACUGGUUCACAGGUCACAGUGAGCCCUUUGGACCCCUGAAAAGGGAGGGAGACAUCCUGCUCUGUAGCCCAGCUCCUCAUGCAGUCCCCAGCGUCACCAAACCGCUGGUGUUGUGGAGUCAGUACUGUGAGUGGAGGGGUAUCAGUCUGUCCUCUCCUGCAGCUGUUCUUCUCAGCUCCCCUCUAUCCAUCUACUACAUAAUCACGUCGCUGGUGCCCCAAGACUUUCCAGAGCUCAACAUCCAGAAGAAGCAGUCUCUAAAGAUCCACAUCAUCGACUCCUACAGGGAGUUCCACUGUCUCAAGGUGUUCUGGGAAUUGUCUGUUCUCCUGCCGCACAUGACCUUUGAACUGGUGUUCAUAGGGGAGGGACUUCCCCCUGAGAGUGACGAGGAGCAGAUCUUUCUGCAGAAGAAGAACGGCCGUGUCCACCUGGUUAACCCCAGCUUCACCCCGGAUGAGAAGUUGGACAGGAGGAGCAUCCGGGUAAAAGGUUACCGCAGGGCCUAUCACAUGCUGCAAGGGCCCAAACCUGACCUGGUGAUUGGCUUCAGACCGGCAAUCCUGCUUCAGGAGUCGUGGCUCAGCACACUCCCUAGGCUCCAGUCCCUGAGGGUUCCAGCCUACUUCUGUGAGGUCGGGGAGUUGAGCUGUGUGUGCAGCCAGCAGGUGAUGAGCCAGGCCACCGGGGGCACCCUCUCCCCUCCACACAUCAACCCCUUCCACUGCCCCCUGCGCAUCACUGGAGGAGAUAACAUGCUGCCCUGGUAUUCAAAUGCCUUCAUCUUCCAUCUGAGGUACAAGCCCGUGCAUAGUGAGAAACGACCUUCUGUGGCCUACCCCAAAGCCCCGCCUUUGCAGGUAGAGCCGGCCAAUCAGGAACCUGACUACCCUGUGAAGAUGAGUCGCAGGGACAGGAAGCAGGCCGCCCGCAAUAUGCCCCGCAAACGCAAAUGAUGAUAACAACAUGCACACACACGUACGCACUCAAACACAAACGUAUACACACUGGCACACACACACACUGGCACACACACACACACACACACUGGCACACACACACACACACACUGGCACACACACACACACACACUGGCACACACACACACCCACACUAUGGCGCACACACACACACACACACACUGGCACACACACACACACACACACACAGGCGCGUGCGUACACAAGGUUACUCUCAAUGAACAGACUCAGGGCAGACUAACACUUUAGCUGAACUGGCCUUUUCAUUAAAAAAGACCAGUCAUAGACUCUUCAGUGAUUGCCGUGCCAGUUUGUCUGUGGGUUUUACAUUCCCAAUAGUUUGUAUAUCAACCCCCUAAGGGUCCCUUUCCUUCUAUAAGAUAUUGUAGUCUACUGUUAACCACGUGACUGGUAAGAUGACUUAUUAUGUAGGCUAGAGUUUGUGUGGCUGUGAAAUUCUUUAUCUUGUACAGACAGAGAUAUUAGAGGGGAGGGAGAGAGAAGAGAUU